AUGGGGAGAGUGAAUGCAGAUGGUGUCCAUUACCGGGCUGGAGAAAGGCCCAAGGCUGUUAAGAAAAUCAAAAAGACUAUCACCAAAGUAAACAAGGAGCAACGAGAAAAAGUAAAACCUUGGAAGGGCGUGACAUGCCCUGUGUGUCUCGAGACCCCUCACAACGCCGUCGUCCUCCUCUGCUCAUCAUACCACAAAGGAUGCCGUCCUUACAUGUGCGCCACCGGAAACCGGCUCUCCAACUGUCUCGAACAGUACAAGAAAACGUGCGAAAACGACGGGAAGCCCGCGGAGCUGCUGUGCCCGCUCUGUAGGGGUCAGGUGAAAGGAUGGACCGUUGUGAGAGACGCGAGGAAAUAUUUGAAUGCUAAGAGAAGGGCGUGCACGAAACACAACUGUUUGUUUUUCGGAAGCUAUAGGCAGCUCAAGAGGCAUGUUAAAGCGGAUCAUCCGAGAGAUAAACCGAGAGCUGUAGACACUGUGAUGGAGGAGAAGUGGAAGAAGCUUGAAGGUGAGAGGGAGAGGAGUGAUGUGAUUAGCACGGUCAUGUCGUUGACACCUGGUGCUAGGAUUGAUGGUGACUAUGUGAUCGAGCCGUAUCGCCGUCGCCGUCUUGUCCCUCGGGUUUUCCCUCGGCGCUAUCGCUUUGUCUCUCGCUGA